AUGGCAGGAAGAAUGGAGGACAAUCUCCAAUGUCUGACCUGUUUGGAUGUCUGUAACGAUCUUGUCGUGCUGCCGUGCAGUCACAGGUUCUGUCAUUCGUGUCUCCAGCAGUUAAAGGACAAAGGAGAGCAAUUGUGUCAAGUAUGUGGGACAGAGUUUAGUUCGCUGGAGGGACUUAUUAACCUCAGUAGAUCCUUUGCCGCAAGAGUGGAGGACAAUCUCCAAUGCCCGACUUGUUUGGAUAUCUUUAAAGAUCCUGUCAUGCUGUCGUGCGGUCACAACCUCUGUCGUGUGUGUCUGCAGCAGUGGAAGGACAAAGGACAGCAAUCGUGUCCACUGUGUAGGACCGAGUUUAGCUCGAUCGAUCUACCUCUGAACUUGGCACUGAAGAAUGUUUGUGAAAACCUUUCUCUCGCUUCAGUGAAGUUGGAGGACAUCGUUAACAAGGAGGAGUUCAAACUCUUCUGUUUGGACCACCAGGAGCUUGUAAGCAUUGAGUGCAUCAAUGAUGAAAUCCACGCCGGCCACCAUUUCUGUCAGGUUGAUGAAGCUGCAAAAGGUCACAAAGAGAAACUCCAGGAUCGCCUGCAGGAUGCACAAAAAUGUCUAAAAGAUUUCAACGUUUGUAGAGACAACUGCAAUGAACAAGCAGCGUAUAUCAAGGUCCAGCGGGAGAAGGUUGAAAGCAAGAUUAAGAAGGAUUUUGAGGAGCUCCGUCACUUCCUUGACAUUGAAGAGGAGGCCAUGUUGGCUGCUGUCAGGGAGGAAGAGGAGAAGAAGAGUCAGGUGCUAAAAGAGAAGAUUGUGGCUCUCGGCAGAGAAAUGGCCGUUCUCUCAGACGCGAUCAACAGCGCAGAGGAGCAGCUGGCAACUGACCACGUUUCCUUCUUGAAGAACUACCAGACAGAGAUGACCAGAAUCCGAAAGCUGCCCAAUAAGCCCGAGCUGCCCCGAGGGGCACUGCUGGAUGAAUCCAAGCACGUGGGCAACCUCAAGUUCAGCGUGUGGGAGAGAAUGAAGGAGUCAGUCUCCUUCAGUCCCAUCAUUCUGGACCCAAACACGGCUGGUCAAGGACUUCGUCUGUCUGAAGAUCUGACCGUUCUGAGCUGUCAGGAAGGAGAAGCGCAGCGUCCAAGGAAUCUGGAAAGAGGUGGGCGCCACCACGUGCUUGGCUCUGCUUUGGUCUUGGGAACACAUGAGUGGGAAGUUGAGGUCGGAGACAAUGCAUACUGGUGUGUAGGAGUGGCAUGGGGGGACCCUUGUUCGCCAUUUAAUAUCAAGGACCGCUGUGUUAUUCGAUUACGUGAUGGUGAAUACAAAAUUCUCGGAGACUCGUCUGGAUUGUGGAAUCCGCCUGCGAAACCGCAGAAAAUCCGACCACUUAAACCAGCUCCUUCGGCAGGAUCCCAAGGCGUGCCAGGCCAGCCUAGAGACAGUCCCCAAGGCCUACCGGGGAUGGGACAUGCCCGGAACACUUCUCCUGGGAGGCGUCCAGGGGGCAAGAUGCCCGAGCCACCUCAGCUGGCUCCUCUCAACGCAGAGGAGUACCGGCUCGACGGAUGUCCGAGCUUCUCAUCCUAUCUCUAA